AUCUAGCCUUACGAGUGCUAAAUAGAACGUACCUGUUGUGUUCUGUAUAGAACUUGUCAUUGAGCAAUAUGGUAGCUGUCGAAGUCAACAUGAUCGCGUCCGAUGUGAUUGUAGGUCUUGAAAAAUUUUGUUCGUAAUGCAAACAAGAGAAACUUACAAGUGACAGUUUCGUCAAAUAGCGUGUGGAUAGAUGAGAAGUAAACGUGCGAUGAAAAGUAAAGCCGCCACGCGCAAUGCUUUUCUCGUAUCUCAAUAUCUAUCAUUAAGUUCAACGAAUACAUAUCUCGGGUGUGGAGUGUCGUUUGUAUUGGAGCGACGUUAUACCGAUUGACAGGUGGUGGCUAUUUUCAUACUUGUCGCAGCUUGACUUUAAAGAUCUCCGCGUUUACGCUAUGUUCGCCACUUUGAAGAACAAGAUACGCGAGGAGAUCGGCAGUGACGUGUCUACCGUCGUCAAGAAUGCUGGCAGUAUACGCAGCAUUAAUUCCAGACACGUGUCCCAGAUAGGCUCUACAAGUAGUAUUAGUGAUUCUCAAGUAUCGUUAGAUAGGUCAAAAGAAGAAAAUGCAGCGUCUCCUUUACCACCUAUUUCACCGAAAAGAGAGAGCAGUUUUGAACUUAAGCUUAAUGAUGAAAUGCAAUUAUCUGUAAAAGAUAUAAAAAGGUUUGAAAGUAGAGAAGAUGAAUGGAGAAAACGUUUAGCAAAGAAGGAGGCAGAGAUAUUGAAGAGGAUGGAGAAGAAGGAAGAAGAAUGGAAAGUCAGACUCUUUGAAAAAGAGAAAGAAUGGAAAAAAGUUGUAGAGAAACAGGAGAAGGAAAAACGACAAUUAGAGGAAGAGAUAAAAAAAAUGGAACUAGCAAAACAGUCACUGGAAUAUGCUCUUCAAAAUGCAGAAGAAUAUAAAAAGAAGUUGUACAGCUUUCAAGAAGAUGCAGAACAAUUGGAAGGUUUUCAAACACAGGAGAUGGCAAAAGUUAAACAUCUUUUGUUGGCUAAAGAGCAAGAAGUAGAUGAGAAGACACAUCAUCUGAAAGCUGUUACAACAGAAAUUGAAAAUCUGAAGGCAGAAGUUUCCCGACUUAGACGAUAUGAAGAUGAGUUAAACAACGUACAAGAUGAAAUGGAGACAAUGCGUCAUUCUACACAGCGAGAGAGAGCACAACUUUCAUGUCAAUUAGCGCAAACAGAAGAGGAGGUACGUCAUUUGAAGGACAAGGUAUUCGUGUUAGAGCAGAGGAUUGCUCUUGAAACGAAUGAUCAAGUGACAGUCGAUGAAAGAAUAGCUGAUUUGAUGCGUGAGAGGACACUGCUAGAGAGAAAGCUUGAAGAGGCGCAUCUUCAUCUCUCUGAUAUAAAGACCAGCUGGUCAGGCAAAAUCUCCAGCCUCGAGACGCAGGUUGGCAGACUUAGCAGACAAGCCGGCGAGGAGGGACUGGAACGCAGACGGGUCGAACAGGAGAAAGAGAAACUCAAACAGAGAAUCAAGCAGCUAGAAGCCGAGAUAGAGGUGAACAAUGUUGUCUUAGCGACGAAAGACGCCAAGCUUUUGCGCAUGACAGAGGACAUCGAUGAAAUGGCCAUGGAACUAAAAGAGCUCCGGGCCAGUGUCGAUGAUGAGGUGGAUGAAUUUAAACGACAAAUUGAAUCCUCCUCGCAACAGAUCACUCAACUAAAAUCAAAUCUUGAAAAUGCGAUGAGUAAAUUGACAGCGGCUACCAACGAGUUGGCGAGUCUUCGCAUGUCCUUGGAAAAGGAACAAUCGAGUAAUUCCUUUUUAUGUCUGGAACUAGCUCAUCUACAAAAAAGUCUUGAAUCUGAACAAGGAGUAGUAAGAGACUUGCAAGGUUUUCUCAAAAAGGAGAGAGACGAGAAAGAUACCGCCUUAUUAAGGAAUGCCCAGAUGUCACAGGACAUAGAAAUUGUAAAGCAGGAAAAUCGGCAGCAUAAGAUCGAAAACAUGGAACUGCAGAGCAAAGUAGAGAAUUUGGAAGAUAAUCUAAUGAGUAAAGUAAAAGAAGUGGAACAGGUGAUAGUCACUUUAAAAGAAUUUGAGCAAAAAGUCAUAAAAUUAGAAGAAGUAGAACAUACAAGAGAGAAAUUAGAAGGAAAUGAAAGAAUACUAAAAAGUAACUUGUUAGAUCUAGAAGAGCAAAUAAGUGAAAAAAAUAAGACAAUCAAAGUUUUACAACAACGUUUAACUGACAUGAAGAAAACACUUCAACGUGAAUUAAAGAUUCCAUCUUCUUCGUUAGAUAAUGAUGCUGAUGCUUCUGCUGCAAUUCUCAAUCCAAGUUCAUCCAAAACUGUCACUGCUAGACAUAAUAACUCCAGGGAGGAUGAUGUUAAUUUUAAAUACCUAAAACAUGUUCUUAUAAAAUUUCUUACUAGCAGAGAAUAUGAGGCUCUCCAUUUAACAAGGGCAGUGGCAACAUUGUUACACUUUUCACCAGAGGAGGAACGUCUACUUCAAGAAACUUUAGAAUGGAAAAUGUCAUGGUUUGGUACUAGACCUAAUUUAGGAUUUGGACAAACUGCCAAGGCAAUACCACCCAGCUGAUAAUUAGAAGAUGUUUCGUACUUCACGGAACGCAUUAGAAACCAACUUUUUGUUUCUCUCUCUCAAGUCUAGUUGAUUUAUACAGAGAUAAUCACAACUGAUCCAAAGGACAUAUAAAACAAUUAGAAAAGUUAUGUAAAGAGUUAUAAACAGUGAUUUUACAUUUACAUAAACAUAAUAAAUUAAUUGUGACAUGCUCAAAGAUUACAGUGGAAUCUUAUUGCGAUAAAAAAUGACUUUGUGAUAUUUGAUGAUGUCUCAUAAGUAUACAUAUAGACCAUUACUGAUCAUUGAAAAUUAUUGAAUUAUUUUAAGGACUUGUCAUGUACUAAAGUUUGAAGUAUCAUUGAAGUGCAAUUGAAGUGUUUAAACAGACACGGACGAUAUAAUACCCAACAUUUUGUGAACGCUUGGGUCAUGGUAGCGCCAUUUUUUAUAUGGAACCAAUUAAUUUGUAAUAUAUUAUGUUUUUGUUAAAAAUAAAAUAAUAUAUGUGCGUAAAAUUGAUUACACAGUGACGAUAUGAAUUUGGUUAUCUGCUAUUGUUUAUUUCUAGAAUUGUAUAUCACAAUAGAUAUAUAUACACACAAAAUGAGCCAAUAAAAACUUUUUAUCCUGUU